AUGGGGCCGCUGCGGCUGCUGGCAGUGGCCCUCACGUGCUGCUGCUGGCCGCGGGGCAGCCAGAGUAAGACCCUCCGGGGCAGCUUCAGCAGCGCCGCGGCCCGAGACGCUCAGGGCCAGAGCAUCGGCCACUUCCAGUUCCACGGUGACCAUGCUCUUCUGUGUGUCAGAAUCAACAACAUAGCAGUUGCGAUGGGAAAAGAAGCUAAACUCCACCUAUUCCAAGCCCCAGAGUGGCUGAAGCUGCAGGAAAGCAGUCAGGAUUACAGCUGCCAUGAAAAACUAGCCAAAGCCCAACUGACAGUGACCAUGAACCAGACAGAACAUAAUAUGACAGUGUCCCAGAGUCCGUCUCCACAAAUGUGGCACGUGUUCUACGCAGACAAAUACACAUGCCGAGCUGACGAGGAGAGCCCUCCGGCGGAAGACAUCCCAUUUGAGAUGGUGUUACUAAACCCAGAUGCUGAAGGGAAUCCGUUGGAUCACUUUAGCGCUGAAGAGUCUGGAUUGCACGAGUUCUUCUUCCUGCUCGUCCUGGUGUACUUCGUGAUCACCUGCAUUUCUGCUCAGUCCUUGUGGCAGGCCAUUAAGAAGGGAGGCCCCAUGCACACGGUCCUGAAGGUCCUGACCACAGCACUGCUCUUACAGGCCGGCUCGGCCUUCGCUAACUACAUCCACUUCUCCAGUUACUCCAGAGAUGGCCUGGGGGUGCCUUGGAUGGGAAGCCUGGCCGAAUUUUUUGACAUCGCUUCCCAGAUCCAGAUGCUGUACCUGCUUCUGAGUCUUUGCAUGGGCUGGACCAUCGUGAGGAUGAAGAAGGCCCAGAGUAGGCCGCUCCAGUGGGACUCCACCCCCGCGUCCACUGGCACUGCUGUGGUCAUUGUCCUGACACAGAGUGUGUUGCUACUUUGGGAGCAGUUUGAAGGUACCGGUCAUCACAGCUCCCACUCACACCGCAACUUAGCCGGGAUCCUUCUGCUCAUUUUGAAAGUUUGCCUGGCCUUGUCGUUGGGCUGUGGCCUCUAUCAGAUCAUCAUGGUGGAGAGGAGCACAUUGAAAAGGGAGUUCUACAUUACAUUUGCCAAAGGCUGUAUCUUGUGGUUUUUGUGUCAUCCAAGUUUUGCAUGCAUUUCUGUCAUUUUUAAUGACUACCAAAGAGAUAAGGUUGUCACCAUAGGUGUUAUCCUUUGCCAGGCUGUUGCCAUGGUAAUUCUCUACAGACUCUUUCUGUCGCACAGUCUGUACUGGGAAGUUUCUUCACUCUCCUCGGUCACACUACCGCUGACCGUAGCAUCUGGACACAAAAGCCGCCCUCAUUUCUGAUACUUGAUUUCUGCGGAAAAGCAAAAUGAGUUGCUUACGGCAGUGCAAUAAGGACCCAGAUACAGUGACUUUGUUUUUCAUACAUUUGGUGUGAAAAGUUGUGCAGCAGAGGCAGAUCGUAUUAUUUAUGUGACUGCAUUUAAGCAGUCCCCAAACUGAAAAACGGGGUUUGAAAUAUCUGUAAACAAUAAACUUGUAGGAAGUACUGUUGCUUUAAGGUGAUUGAAACCAUUUCCGUGUGGAAAUAAAUAGGAGAGAGGAUUAUAGGACAUGAUGGUAAGUCACCACUUACAAUGCCUCGUCUUACACCCACAGGAAACUCAGGUGUGGUAGUCUUGUACAAAGUCAUAAACAUAUCUAAGCUGACCCAGUUAUGAAAUCAGUGUGCGAGACUGAUUUUAAAGACUGCUUCUUUCCUAUGCUGUAAGGAAAAUCCAUUUCUUAUUGGACUUUGAAGGAACUGAAAUUGAAAUUUCUUGAGGAUAUUAAUGAUUAGAUAUUUGUUUUUUAUGGGAGGGGUUAUUUUCAAUUUUUUUUAUCUUCAUGGGCUCUAUUUCAAGUUUUUGCUUGAUCAUCAAGUGUUUCUGACAAAUAGCUCAUGAAAAAUAAAACAGAUAUAUUACAUGGGUUGUAAAGAAAAGGGAUUUUAAAAUCCAAACACUUAGGUAAGGGGGCAAGUGGAUUUUUGUGCUUAAAAAAGAAGGAAGGAAAAAGUACUGUGUGAUAUGGCACUAAAAUUUUAAUCCCAAUAUAAUUCAUUUCUCUUACAUUGAAUCCCCAGUCAUAAUUAAGCCGUAUACAGAGAUUAAAUUAACAGAACCAUUUCACAUAAAUGUUGGUUUCGGUCUUCAACUACCCGUGAAUUCCUGCCCAAGGAUGCUUAAUCAGGAUUAAAUUUCCUAUGAAUAAUUGAAAAACAAAAUACUCACUGGAUUUGUUAUAAUCCGUGUUGGCACUGGGUUUUAAGUAGUUGCCAUCUUGAAUCCUUUGUAAUAAAGCUAUAUUUGUGUGUGUGUGUGUGUGUGUGUGUGUGUGUGUGUGGUGAGAGGGAGAGAAAGAAAGAGAAGAAGAGUGCCCAUUACUGACCCGCCACUGAGUGUGCUCACUAGAGAGUGCUCCGUCAGUGACGGGUGAAGAACUGCGGAAUGGGUGUGUGCACAUCGCAUCGGCAAUCGCAGACUGGCAGUCAUCUUGUUGCUGUUUGUAAGAUUGUUCCGGCCUUUCCAUUUUUUUUUUUUUUUACCUUUGGCUUAUUUUGAAAAUAGUUUUCAUCUGCUUACACAUUUCUAAGUAGGAAACAGUGCAGGGACCCAGCUAUUGCACUUUUAAAGACUUAAGGUAGUACGAUUUCAGAGUCUCUAUGCCUUUGUCUUUGCUUUCUGCUUCCGCUCUGACUCAUUGGAAAUGAACAGCAUCUUGCUUCAGAUUAAAGGCAAAAUGUGUGCACUAGUGACUAGCAAAAUGGCACCGUCUCGGAGCUCAGCCGGCUCAGUCAUUGCUCUGCCGCUUUGUCCAUCGUGUGGUCAGCAGGGGCCCGACCAUCGGAGGAAGGCUUCGCUCUGCCUGUGUGCUCGGUGGUCACAGCCAGUAUCUUUAACCUAGCUCACCAGUCACCCCUGCUCCUGUCUGUUAUGUUCAACUGAGGUGCAGCUAGUAAAGCUCCAAAA